AUGAGUUCGUUCCACAACUUGGUGCUACAGGCAAAGAAGGCGCGCGCUGUCAUCAAUUACAGAGGAAGGAAGUCGGAUGCCAAGAAGAAUAAUCUGUCCAAGCAUGCUGCAGGCUCAUCAUCAGUGUCCUCGUCAGUUGUGGAGCUAGUUCCGACGUCUUCCCCCUGGGAUCUCCUCCCAGUCGAGAUUCAGAUCAAGAUAUUCGCCCACUGCGGUGUCACGGACUUUCUGCCAUUAAAGCUUGUCUGCAAAUCAUUCUAUCUACUGCUUAACUCGCAGGAACAAUGGAUCACCCGGCAAUACCUCCGUCAACGUCGCCAUGGAACACUCCCCUCCCCGAUAGAUAGCGAAAGGACAUAUACUCGGAAUCCGGAGGAUGAUGCAGUAUUGCUAUCCGAUUUGUUUCCACCGGCGAAGAGCGCCAAGGGUGGCCACAUAUACACUUUCAAGUAUAUAUCCGGCCUGCGUCGCCGGCAGACGCUUUGUACAAGACUUUGCUGUUACCUCGCGGACCGUGUUAUGGAUCGGUUUGUGCACAGCGAACCGGCGUUCAUGAAAUCCAUGUUUACCUCCAAAGCCGAGCGCGGCGUCUUCGUGCAAAGGACGACUGCGCGCUUAUGGUUUCAUCUCGCUCCGCUCAUGUAUUAUACUCUAUACUUCCUUGAGACCUAUGCUCUUGCCAGGCGAGAGCAGACUAAUGUUCUUCUGCGUGACUGGGAAGCUGGACGCUUGCCAGUUCCUGUACCCCCACACAUCCGUAGAGCCAUGUACCGGGACUUGCAAGUAAAGAUAAUCAGAUCACCUCCUUUUACUGACACCCCUACCCUCAUAGCCACGCAUCACUGCAUGCAACUUCUAGUCUCAUACUUGCGGUAUACUGUACCACCGGAUGAGCCUACAGUUUCGGAUGACAGUUGGAUUGGAUCCUUGCUUACAGUGUCGCCAUUCCUCCGAAUAGUGGAGUACUUCUCCGCUGAAAUCGGAGAUGGCGGCAAUCAGCGGAUGCAGCGAAAGGACUUCAUGCACAAUUUUCAUAACGAUAUCACCCUAAAUGAAAAGGACGACAUCAACAUGUUGGUCUUCCAGAAUGCCCCGAACGUGCAUUUGCAUGGUUCCGUGGAAGAUGUUUGGUUCGAUGUUGUGAAGGAGGAAUUGGCUUUAAGAAAGGCGGCGCCGCAUCAUGCAGAGCGCGUCAUGGUUUGGACAGGGUUGCCUGUCCUAUUCAGCUGCCAAGACUGUCGAAUUCCAGAUGGAUGGCGUGCAUAA